AUGGCUGUAUCAGAAGUCGGGUUAGCAUCCGAAAAAUACAUAAUGCUACUGAAGGAUUCUGUACCUGAUGAAGACCCAACCAUUCCCCUGACAACGACAUCUUCGCUUUCCACACAGCCUCCUUUCAUGGGAAAACCCCCACUUCCUGCUCUUGCCGUAGAAGUUUUAUGGUACAGCUAUGAGAAGAAAUUCAACGAAUUCCUUAACAUUCCAUAUUCUCCAUUCAUCAUAAGGCUCCAACAAUUAUCCGCAUCACUUAACAAUAACAAUAUCUACAAAGCGCCAACUGUUCCUAAGAUUUCCCCGAAUCCGUUGACCGAAAAAGACUUACAGGAUGCAAAGCACAAGAUGAUUGCGCAGCUGGUCAAAUAUCAAACAAAGAGAUUUGAGAAUGUCUAUGGAAGUCACGACAAGACUAUAUUGUCACUUCGGUUUGGGGAGCUGGAUUGGUACUACGAAUCGCAUAAUAAUGCUCUCAUUGACUUUUACGGUGCUCGAAAUGAUCAAAUAGAAUUGGACACCCUCAGAGUAAGAGCCUGGCAAGCUGGAGCUCGUUGGAGGCACGUAGAAUCGGAAUUUUUGCUAGAAACAUAG